ACAUUCAUAAGAGAAAAAAUAAAAAUUUUAUUUAAAAUAUAAAUUCAUAAAGAAGUAUUAAAGCAAAAAAUUAGCAGUUAAGCCUUUUUAAAAGGUAUUACAAUGUUACAAGCACAAACAAGUUUUUGAAUGUGUUCUAGGCAAUAUUGACUAAUUUAUUCUUAACGAAAACACACAAGGCUUAUCUUCUGUUAAUCUUCAUAGGCAAUAUUGCAGAAAUGGACGAUAAUUUAUGGCUUAUAGAAUUAGAGUCUGCGCUGUUGGACGACUGCAAUGUGAAUGACAUAUAUGCGAUUUGUCGAGGCAAGGCCAUUCCCGAAGCAUUGCGUCCAGAUGUUUGGCAGGUGUGCUUGGAUGUGCGCCACAAAAGCGACCAGAUGUCUCUCUUUAAUGAAAUUUUUGAUUUACCCUUUCAAAAUACCUUACGCGAGGACUGCCAAGUGGUCGUUGACCGUAUUGGCAACGAUGAUGAAGACAAAGUUUCAGUAAUUUCUGAUUUGGAGUCGAUUCUCACAUUUUAUUGUAAGAAUCGAAACCUGCAAUAUGAAAGUGACAAUGGUUGGAUUGACUUGCUAUUGCCACUGUUAGCACUAAAAUUAAACCGAUGUGACACAUACAACCUUUUUGAAUCCAUACGCGAUAUCUACAUCCCGAAAGGUUGCAAACCCAAAGGAAAUGUAUUUCAUGUGUUCCGCUUACUAAUACUAUAUCAUGAUCCGGAAUUGUGCACAAUGCUAGACACGAAAAAAAUUACACCAGAUUUAUACUCUAUUCAAUGGUUCCAGUGCUUAUUCGCAUCGAGCUGUAGUUUGUCGGUCAUUCUUUCAAUGUGGGACUUAUACUUUCAACAUGCAGAUCCUUUUAUGGUGUUCUUCUUGGCCCUGAUUAUUCUUGUCAAUGGGCGUGAUCAAAUUUUGGCGAUGAAGAACACAACAAAGGAAGAAUUACUAAAAUUUCUUUCUAAUAUGCCUUGUGCUUUAGAACCGGAUGAUGUAGUUGACUUUUGCUCACUUGCUCAGUAUUACGCGCUCAAAACGCCGAGUUCUUUCAAGACGGACUUUCUAAAGGCGUUGUACGGUUCGCAAAGUGAGAAGAGCUCGCGCAAUGAAACCUGCACCGUAUCGCAGGCGCUGUGUCUUCCAGUAUCUGUGUAUGAAUUAGUAGAGAACUCAUCUAUAGAUCUAACCAUACCCGAUGCUGUUCGUUUCUUUUUGGUUGAUUGUCGACCUGCAGACCAAUACAACGCAGGACAUCUAUCGACGGCAUUUCAUCUUGAUUGCAAUUUGAUGCUUCAAGAACCAAUAUCUUUCUCCACUGCAGUACAAGGUUUGUUAACUGCACAACGUCAGGCAAUUGAAGCGAAUUCUAACGCCGGUGGUGAACACCUUUGUUUUAUGGGAAGUGGCCGCAUGGAGGAGGAUCAGUAUACCCAUAUGGUAGUCGCUUCAUUUUUACAAAAGAACACACAGUAUGUGUCGUUAUUAACUGGUGGUUAUACGGCCAUACACGAUUACUUUGGCGACCAUAUGGCUGAUUGUCUCGAAGACCACGAUGUUAAAAAGUGUAUUGUUUGCAUGAAAAACAGCGUUGAAUUAAGGAACCUAGGACAGGCAGGACAAACUCAACAGCCACGACGAGACUCUCAACGACCAACCUCCGACAUAUUUAGCAGGUUUUCCGCAGUAAUGAAAAUUAAAUCAGCUGAAGUCAAAGACAAGCUCUUCGAUAUCAUUACGAACCCUUCUAACGGUACUAGUACCGCCGUUGGCCAUCACCACGGGGGUAGUUUAAGUGGCCAAACGGCCGUUCCAGAUCGGCAUGUUUCCGCUAAUGAACGCAAUGGUAAGCGAUAUCGGAAUGUGGCACCUGUAUUCAGUAUUGAUGACGAUAAUGAUGACCAUUACAAAGACAAUGAAUUAAAAAAUUCAGCUGAGAUGGCUGGUUCCAAGCUGCCCGGUGACGCAAAAGAAAUUGUCAAUUUAACUCUGUACUUAAAGUCGACUGACAUCAUAAACGCUUUCCGCUGCCAAGAAGUGCACAUGAAUGGAUAUAUGUAUGAUAGUCAUUUGAUUAUAACAGCAACACACUUGAUUGUUUUACGUGAGCUUGGGCAUGGGCAAGCACAGAUAAUAGUACGACGACCUUUAUCGAGCAUAGUGAAGAUAACUGCAAAGAAACGGCAUCGAGAUUUGAUCACAUUCAAGUACGGAUUUCCAAAUGGAGAUGGUCUGCUUAUAACCGACAUGGAUCGAUUUCUUAUUCCGAACGCUAGUGAAGCGACUGCACUUGUAUCGAAACACAUUGUCCAAACCUUAGAUGGGUCUAAAUUAACGUAAUGCAAUUUUGAUGUAUUUGAUGAUCAUUUAUUUCAUUGGUCGACGUGAAAUGUAUGGAUAUGCAAAAGUUGUCGCUUCCCUCAGUGCUGAUGUUUUAAUUGCAUGCGAUAAUCUCAAAAUAACAUGUUUCCGAAAUUAAAUACAAAUAACACAUGUCAUGAGCGCCACAUUUACACCCUUGUUUUAGAAAUGACAAAGGGCUUUUUAAUGCAAUUUUUAUGUGUCUUCUUUAUGUAAUGUUUCUAUUUAUUGCUUAAAAAGCGCAAAACAAAAUUUUAUUUUUUCGUAGCAACUUCGUACAUGCCACACAUUUUGUAUAAUGAGUGCAAGCCUGGAAUGGUCUUUUAUAUGCGCUAUCCGCUAUUAUUGUUAUCUUUUAUUUUAUUUUAGGGAUUUUGCGAAGUGUACAUAUAUUUAAAUCGAGAUAAAUCGUGGCAAAAUAUUGAACAUUACCUUUUUAUAAAAAAAACAAUACACGACACAUCCAAAGUAAACCAUAUUCCAGUGACAUAAGUUAUACAUGUAUGAAUGCUAGCAAUAAGCUUGACUAACAAUAGUAGAACAGAUGUUACCAAAUAAAAAAACAAAAUAUGUCAUA